UUUAGUCGUCACAUCAACCAGAUCAACAGAACAGCAUUUGAAGAAGGAAAAGCAGUCUUUUUACACGUCUUUUUUGAGCUGGUUUAAUAAUUCUACACUAUGGCUACGACACAUGCUAUGAGGACGAGAACGGAGCAUGUAUUUGGGCCGACAACUGAGGGGAUAAAAACCAAAAGUUCGCAUGAAAAGUCACAUUCGACGGUCAGGGAGGAAAAGACUCGUGCUUUAACAGCAGAUGGAUUCACCACAAAAUCCAGGCUUAAAAACUCGAAGGUUGUACAACCUCCAUCAGCCAGAGCUUUCAAGGAAAGACCAGCAGAGCCAACAAACUUCAGGAAAUGUUACGAGAGAGGCGACUUCCCGAUCGCUCUAGAACACGACACUAAAGGGAAUAAAAUUGCUUGGAAGGUAGAGAUUGAGAAACUCGACUACCACCAUUACCUUCCCUUGUUCUUCGAGGGGCUCUCCGAAACUUCACACCCUUACGAAUUUUUCGCAAGACAAGGAGUCCACGACAUGCUUGAACACGGAGGCAAAAAAAUCUUGCCUGUAAUUCCACAGCUUAUCAUUCCGAUCAAGAAAGCGUUGAAUACUCGAAACGCUAAAGUUAUAUGCACCUCGCUGAAGGCACUCCAGCAUCUUGUGGUAGCAGCAGAUCUCGUCGGCGAAGCUCUCGUCCCAUACUAUCGUCAAAUCUUACCGAUUCUUAAUCUCUUUAAGAAUAAGAAUCUCAAUUCAGGCGAUGGGAUUGACUACAGUCAACAAAGAAGAGAAAAUGUUGGAGAUCUGAUCCAAGAAACGCUGGAAGGAUUCGAACGACGUGGUGGUGCAGAUGCGUUCAUUAACAUAAAAUACAUGGUCCCCACAUAUGAAUCAUGUAUGCUAAAUUAAAAUCGCUAAAUUUGAGAUUAAAAUGUCCUUGAUUUUUUUA